AUGAUAAGAUCUGAAUUUUANCCCGCGCCCGCCGCGCCCGCCGCCGUGCGCUGGGACACCACCUGGAGCUCCGUCGUGGCCGCCGGCGCUGCCGCCGCCGCCGCGCCCGGGCAGCCCGCGGGAGUCGCGAUAGCAAUAUACGGACCAGACUUUACAUAUCUCGCAAUUUAUUUUAAAUUAAAAUUAUUUUCAAUUUUUAAUUCAAUUCUUUAUUGCUAUUUCUCGUCUAUUUCGGCCGUUUCGGAUGUUGAACUAGUUGAACAAAAAUCGAUAACCGCGUCGCCCGAUGCAGGAGCGGCGCCGCUGCCGCCCAUCGGGUCGGACGUGCGGCGGCGCGCGGAGGCGGAGCGCGAGCGCGCGGCGGACCAGUCGCUGUUCUACUUCAACGGCGACGCGCCGCCCGCGCCCGCCUGGCGCGCGCCCUCCGCACCCGCGCCGUCGCCCGCGCCGCGCGACCGCCCCGCCUACUCGCCCGUGCAGCCCGACUACCGCAACGACUUCGACGACAACUCCGGCAUGAACGCAUACGGAUCCCUGUGGACGGGCCCGGGCUCGAGCGCGUGGGCGUGGGGCGGCGGCUUCGCGGGCGUGCGGCCCCCGCCCGGGUUCGCGGCGCCGCCGCCCGCGCCGCGCGCCUACGACCCGUUCCGCUCGCUGGCCGCCAUCUGGGCGCCGGGCGCGCUGGACUGGCGCGCCGACCCCGAGCCGGCCGCCGCCGCGCCCGCGCCGCCCGACCCCGCCGCCGCCGCCGCCGACGCGCACGCAUCUAGUCUCGACGCCCCGCCGUCUCGCUCGGUCGUCCCUAAGACUGAAUAAACUUACGUUUCUGAGCA